GCAUGCGCGGUGCCGGUGGCGGGCGGCUCUUCACGGGCUGGCGGGAGCCGCGGCCCGGCCAUGUCCGAGGCGUAUUUCCCCGUGGGCCCCGGGCUGGGCAUGGAGGAGAAUUUCCUCUCGCUGGACGAUAUCCUGAUGUCACAGGAGAAGCUGCCGGGGCGCGCCGAGAGCGCGCUGCCGCGCCUGGCCCUGUUGAUGGGGCAGGGCGCCAGCAGCGCCGAGUCCAUCCCGGAGGGGUCAAAGCUGGAAAUCCCCCUGUGGCUGGCUAAAGGGCUGCAUGACAGCAAAAGGAGAAUCAUCUCUGUGGAGCUGCCAAAGAUUUACAAGGAAGCCUGGAGGACGGUGUUCAGUGCUGAUGCCAAUGUAGUUGAUCUGCAUAAAAUGGGGCCCUACUACUAUGGAUUUGGCUCACAGCUCCUGAAUUUUGAGAAUCCAGAGAAUCCUGAGAUAGCUCAGACUAUCCUGCAGACGUUCGUUGCCCGUUUCCGCCGCAUCAUGGACUCCUCUCAGAACGCCUACAAUGAGGACACAUCUGCUCUGGUGGCACGGCUGGAUGAGCUGGAACGGGCUCUCUUUCAAGUGGGCCAGAAAGGCCUGAAUGACUUCCAGUGCUGGGAAAAGGGACAGGCUUCUCAAAUCACAGCUUCCAGUCUGGUGCAGAACUACGGGAAAAGAAAGCUCACAGAAGUGGAUGGUUGAAAGCCUGAAGAACAUGAAGUUGCAGUGGGGAAUGCAGAUUUACAGCCUGUUGUAGAAGAGAAAAAUCAAUCAAUUUAGGGAAGGACGGGCUCCCUGUCCAUUAAUGGGCAUUCUUCUCUGUAGCAGCUUUGGGUAAAACUAAUGAAAAUUUUAAAGGCAGAGGGCAAGGGUACAAAAACCAGAUGACACCACUGCUUACUCAUAGCACUCCUGAAGAGUUGCAGCUUAAGUGUUUGCUAGGUGGCUGAAAGGCUAUGAAAGGACUUUCUGAAAGGGUAAUAAAUACUAAUUAUUGCUCCAAAUUGAUAUUUACAAUACUAGAUCUGGACAGAAAUGUAAUUUAUGUAUUUCAUCUUGUCCUUCCCAUCCCAGCCUGCUCGAAAAAGUUAUUGAUUCUUUGAACAGCUGUUUCCAGGUUCCCUGGUCUUUAGAGAGCCCCAGUGAUGUGGAAAAAAUGUGAUACACAUUAAUUUUUUUUCAUUUCUUAUACACUGAGGUGGAACAGGUGCUCUUAGUGAGGCAGGAAUGUUUUUCUUUGCUGACUCCUGUACACAGUACCAGUGCCCUGGAGAGAAAUACCUCCUCAAACCCACACAGCAAGUGGCUGCACAGGUCUCGUGCCGCCUUGUCCUCUCUCCCUUUAUGGCCCUUGUGACCUUGGUUCUAUGCAGUAAAGAGUGUUCUUGUUUGAUGCCUGUGGCUUUUGUGCUGGAUUUGUCUCUGUGAUGGGUGUUCUACAGAGGAGGAAGCAGAAGGCAGCAAAGAGUAAAGUCUGGACCAGAUCAAAAGCAGAAACUUCAAUGGAAACUCUGCCCCAUUAUCAACCUUUGAGAUACUUGUUCCUCCGUGAGAAAUUCGUCAGUUUCUAAAUUUGGUUAGUAGAAGGGACAGAGCAAAUGAACUGAGUUUCCUUCCUUCUGAUCCAUCCAAAUGAAUCUAGGAAUAUGAUCCUGGUAAAUGUCAUCCUUGCCAGUAGGAGUAACUGGAUUUGGGACUUGCUAAACAGCACAGGGAUUAUCAUCCCGUGUGGAUGCCCUUAAACCUAGGUCAUCUCAAGUCCCAUGGGAUGGAGACAGAAGAUGGGGUUAUCUCUGUAGGGCUUAGUUCCUGCAGUCAUCAGGAUGGUUGUCCUUUGGGAGCAGUAUUAGACACCUUCCUUAUAGGUGCUUCUGUGCCUCUGUGGAAAAAGAACCUAAGCAGAGGAGCUGGAUCCUGAUGCUGCUGAGCACUUUCACUUCUGUGGGAAGUUUAUUUCACCUCCUUGGGAGGUGACAGCAAGAUCCAAGUCUCAAAGGAGCUCUUACUGGACUUGCAGAUGCACCUGGAUGUUGGAUGCUUCAAACAAGACCUCGAGCACAAAGGGCUGUUCCUUGGCCAGAGAUGUUGAAGCUCAGCCUGUGGAGGUGGUCAGAGGGGACAGUGUUGUGCCUUCACAACUGUCUCAGUGUCUCCCCUCAGCUGCACAGGGCCAGCUGCCCUGCCACAGGAGACUGGCUGGAAGCUUGCCUGACAAAGUAUUUGAAGUAUGUGCAGGAUGAAAUGCUGCUGCACUUAAUGACUUAAUGGCACAUAAUGGCUUAUGCAUUUGGCAGUUGUCCAUUUCUGGGUUUUUAUCUUGAAUAAAUGUUUUGUAAGGGAAUG